UUGUCGACUUCUCGCACUUCUAGGAGAUUCCCGAACGAGUCCUGACUGGUUGCUUCAGACGAAACGAGUUGAGACAAGUCCCAAUUUAGAUAUUUUUAUUGCAAGAUGUACGAACAGUUCUCUGCUCCUGGACUUGAAGCUUUCUUUUGUGCUGACUGUGAGGAUCAUUACAGUUGGCCGAAAACAAGGCCUUUGUCACCAGCAUCGUCAUUUUCGCUGUCAAGUGCUGUCGACUUGCCUUGACACUUCUGUUUGGCGCCAAAUUUGAAACAACAACGUGCGCAUGCGUCGAGUGCGGAAUGGGAAGGAAGAUCGAAGACAGCAAAGAUCUAUGUGGAAGCCCAGGAAAAGAAUGGACGAUGGACUGUUAUGAUCAGCUGAGAAUUUGUCUCUUCAGCGAUGCGGAGAGGGAGUCACCCAGCCCCUCUCCGCCUACAACGCCGGAGCAUCUUGGUCAAGCUACAAAGCGUAGACGUCGUUACUACCCCAGCGAGACUAUUAUGCCAUGUACUCCUGCUCCACCAAGGUCAGCUUUGAGAACAACUUUUAUUCGAACUCCAGCCAAUGCCAUCAGUGAAAGUGCUGGAAGAUACCAUCAGGAAUUCGAGGAAAUGGACCAUAUUGGAUCUGGAGCAUUUGGAAGUGUGUAUAAGUGUAGGAAUCGCGUGGACAACGGGACGUAUGCUGUGAAAAAGUCCAAAUGUCCAAUUCAAGAUAUUUCUGAAGACGUCGCUGCUCUUAGGGAGGCUCGGACUCACCACCAAUUAUCGGCUCAUCCUCAUGUAGUCAGGUACUACAGCUCGUGGUUGGAGAACUUCCAUCUGUUUAUCCAGUUUGAGUACUGCAAUAGUGGCAGUCUCCAGGAUGCUAUUUUAGCGGAUGUGAAGUUCCAAGAACCUGAAGUCAAGCAACUCAUGUUGCAGAUCUCGCGUGGCUUGGCCCACAUUCAUGCGCACAACCUUGCUCAUCUUGAUAUUAAGCCGGGCAACAUCUUCCUGUGUCGCAGACCGAAUGGACCUUUGGCGUCACCUGCGUCUAAAGGAGAGUCGAGUCAUUUUAAGUUUCCCAUAUCACCUCCAUAUCCAUCUUCUCCCUCACCCGUAACUAUCGUAUCGCCCGGAUGUUCCUGCUGUUCUAGCUCAUCCGAAGAAUCCCUCCCCGCCAAUUGUAUCUGUAUCGAAAAAUGUGUCUACAAGAUCGGUGACCUAGGUCAUGCAAUGCGAACAGAUCUCUCAUCGGAACCAGCUGGUGUUGAUGAUGAAGGUGACGUUCGCUAUCUUGCGAAAGAGGUCCUCCAAGAUCAAUGCACUGAUCUGACGAAGGCGGACGUCUUCUCACUCGGCUUAAUGGCGUAUGAAGCAGCAGGCGGUGGUCCUUUACCAAAAGAGGGUGAUGAGUGGCAUGCGUUACGAAACGGUCAAUUACUGCACCUUUCCCAUCUCUCUAAGUCGAUGCACCAACUGCUUGUGUCUAUGACACAAAUUUCAUCCAUGCUUCGUCCGUCUGCAACAGACCUUUGCCAACAUAGCAUAUUAACGCUGGCGUUAUGCCGCUGUCAGUUCUGUGACCGACCGCCAAAGCGGAGACAUGUCGGUGGGCGCCGCUCCAAUCGUAGCUUCUCCCAUUGAUCACGGUAUCCGUGUUUUGGACUUCUUUUUUAUUUUUUUAUUUUUUUUUUCAACGUUUGCAAUCAAGAGCUGCACCAGGGAUGGAUUUAGGCUGUGUUUGAUAAUAAUGCUGUGCAUUUAGCCCCACCCCUAACUGCCCUCUCCAGGUGGUCAUGAAGUCAUAAGUAUUCUCUACAUGUCAUUAACUGCUUCCCAUCAUGCUAGUCAUGCAUCCAUCCAGUAUAAAACAUCAUAUGUUAUGCCCCAGCUCACGAUACUUCACAUAGGCAUCCUUUCAUUUGCAACGUUUCCAAGACACAGCCACCUGAACAAAAUUUCCCCAUAAGUACUGGUAGGUCUUUCUCACCUUGCUGCGUUUUAUUUCGGAUUUUCGUUAUCCUCACCGUCUUGAAUUCGGAUGUGUUUUAUGUUUGUAGCCUUUGCCCCAUUUCUGUACAUUGAUUAGUAGUUGUUGACGUUGACCCCAUUUUUCUACCUGUCACGCGCUCUAUGCCCCAAUGCUCAGUAUUUGUACUCAUCCACUAGCAUCAUUCUGCGCUUGGCAAGUGUCCGCGAGUGGCACGUACCCACAUCUGCUUCGGCGCUGUCAUUGUCAUCGUUGGUCAGAUCUGUUCACAGCCCUUUGAGCCUGUAACAGUUGCAAGCAGCGGUAUCUUGAAUUGAAAUGCGAUGAGGAUGCGCUUGGCUGGCUCUGAUUCCAGCCAUGCUUAAUUUGCCUGAUCCGCUGCCAUGCUUGCAUGAUAAUAUCCCAUUUUCUAUAUUUUUAUGAUAGCAUCUGCAGCCUGCUUGCUUGGUCCACGAUUUUAUAGUGUUUCUGGAAAAGCCAUGUUUUCACGACAUUAUUUUGGUGCAUGUUGAA